AAACAAAUUUACUAAAAAAAAAAAAACAACCAAAAAAAACCUACAAUUUCAUGAGUAACUACAACUAGACAAACAAAUUAAAUGUUCAUUGUCGGCCGACCGACCACUCAUCCGGAAAGUACAAAAUAUAAAUACAACCUGACUCUGGGAAUCUGUAUUAUUGUUCUUCCAAACGUCUCCAACUUCGGAUGUGCAGUUUUUGUCGGAAUUGUUCUUCAAAUAUUUGACGCUCAGUGGUAUUCAUAGAGUGUUGCUGUUGGUGUUGUCAUUUAUUUUCAUUGUUGCGGUUGGAAUACUUAUAAAUUUUCUUAUUGUUAAACAAAAUUUAAUUAUUUUUGAAAACGUAAAACAAAGAAAAAAAAAACACAGCAACAUGAAUAGCAAAUUACUUAAAGUUCUGUUCCUCUUCACUUUGAUGCAUUUAUCGCGAGCCAUUGAAAAUGCCAAUAAUGCAGACACAUCCAAUGAUUUGCAGACAUCGGCCACUUCUGCCAAACUUCUCAAUCUAGGAGGUUUAUUAGGAGGAGGAAAUGCUUAUUAUCCCAGCAAUACCCGGCCAAAUUACUAUCCAUCCAACAAUGGCUUUUAUCCAUCGACAGGUUAUUACCCCUCAAAUGGGGGAUUUUAUCCCAGCACGGGAUAUUAUCCAACCACCGGUGGUAAUUAUCCCACAAAUGGUUAUUAUCCCACAAACAGCUACCCUAACUCAGGUUACCCCAGCUCUGGAUGGAAUAAUGCCGGUAGCUAUUAUCCCACCAAUACCUACUAUCCCAGUGGCACAGGAACCAACAUUCUACCCGGCAACGGUGGUUAUGGCGGCUAUGGAGGUAAUGGAGGUUUACGCCAAUACAGCGGUUAUUGGAAUCCCAAUUAUCAUGGUCGUCGGAAUCUUGGCUAUGGCUAUUAUAAAAACACCGAUCGCUAUGGCCUGCCAAAGCUUAAGAGCAAAGCUCAAUAUACUAGCCGCCAAGACGCCGAUUGUAUGCCACACUCAUACAGAGGCUAUGAUUGAGUGGGGGACGCAUAAAAUAGAAUUGGUGUGGGAAAUUUUUGUAGGCAAUCGUUGUUGUUUUUGUACAUAUCAAAUAUAAUGCUUUAUUGGUAUUUAUGGAA